AUGUCACCCGAGGUACUUGGUAAUGACACAACGCUCUAUCCUGGAGUUGUUCAACGCCCCACGGAUCCCAUUUUGCUGGGCAACCAUUGGCGGGAAUCAGGCGAUCCCCAUGGCAACGGCAACACAGCCUUUUACAGUGGACGUAGUAGUAGCAGCAACAAGGUGACGGAUGUGCCUUGGUCGACUAGUAACAGCCAUCACCCUAGCAGCAAUAGAAACAAUGGUCAGAUGAUGAUGAUGAUGGAGAAUCCACCUACGUCGAGUUCUGCUACAUCACCCUCACCUAGUACAAAGUACGAUUGGAGGAUGCAGUCAUUGAUGCUUUGUCGACAUAUCAUGACACGGGGUCUUGUGGAUGGUAUCGGAAGCGACAUUGCAGUCCACGUGCCGGCCUGGGGCAAGAUCUAUCAUCUCCACCGAUUGAUACUGGAUCAGAACCCAUAUUUCAGUAUGCUGCUUCAGGGCGGGUUUCGGGAAGCUACAUCCGACAGUGUCACCCUUCAUUUCGAAAACAGUCCAUACAUUACAAAAGAAUCCUUUUACUUUGUCUUGCAGCAACUCUAUGGAAAGCUAUCCGAUCCAAACAUCCAUCAUGAUAACGUCCGUCAAAUCCUCGCCACUUGCUCAUUCUUUCAACUGGAACACAUGUGUGAAUUAUGCGUUGAUUUCAUCCUACGCACCAUGAAUGAGGCCAAUGUCAUCCUGUAUCUCGACUUUGCAGACAACCAUAUGGUCCAUGGAAGUGAUCGUAUCCUCAAUGCCGUCUUUACUUUUCUUUGUCGGGAAGCUUAUUCUAUGGAUAUGGAUCGUGUCGCUGAUAUUCCUAUCACUUGGCUUAAAAAAGUGAUCGAAUCGGAUGCGUUUUGGGUCCCAACUGAAUACGAUCGCUACAGAUUUGCCUAUCGUGUCUUGAUGAAACGUUAUCAGAUCCUACAACAACAAAAUCAACAUUACAAUGUCGCAACAUCGGCGGAUGACCUUGAGGAUGUAUCAUCAAAUGACGAGCAUCAAAAACGAUCUAGCUUUGCUUCUUCACCUGUUUCAUCAUCAUCAUCAUCAUCAUCAACCCCAUCCACAACAGCAAAUACACCAGCAUCGGAUGAUGACGAUGUUAUUGUGGUAGAUGUCGAUGAGGAGGAGGAUGGACAAGAGGAAUUGUUGAACAACGACCUGGAUGUAUUUGUUGUGAUCUUUACUCGAUUGCUGCAUUAUGUACACAUGACAUUUGAGGAGCUGGAACAAAUCCGAUCGGAUGUGAAUCCUUUCACUGCAGAUCCGCUGGUGCCUGAUUCUAUUCUCAAAGAUGCAUUAUGGCAGCAAAUCAAGAUGCGUUCCAAAAUUGAAGGAUCCAGCGAGCUUGAUACCACCCUCGGCUUAACAGUCUCUGAAAAAGAUGCCAGCAAAACACAAAAAAAGACUUUUUUGACGAUUCCUACCGAUGAUACCACGAUUUAUACGGGUGGAUCCUCGCCUUCUUCUAUCACAACCCAUCAGCAACAACAACAACAUCAGGAAUCCAAACGCAAAAAGACACCCGUUUCAAAUCAUGAUACCGAAUGCAAGAAAAAUGAAGAAAAGAGUUACUCGCUUUAUCCACCCUUCCGAUUCAGCGUUGAAUUUGCCGAUUUUGCCACCCUCAAAUACAAUGUUCGCGUGUAUUCAAAGACCAUUUUCUAUGCAGGAUCCAAUUGGAACAUGUAUAUACAAAAGGCACGUUCUCAACGUAAAGGGGUGCCCCAACUUGGUGUUUAUUUGCAUCGUCAAUCGAUCCCUUGUGGCCCUUGUAAUCAUGGUAGUAGUGAAGAAAGCAGGAUAUGCACACCAGGACUAUCACCCUUUUCUUGCUAUGCCGAUAAGCGUAAAGUGGUCCGGACAUGGUUCAAGAUCUAUUGCCCAGCAAGAGGUCCAAAGCAUACAUUGACACUCUUCCAAAGUAGCCCUGAUAACUUUUCAGUGUUACAGAGUUGGGGAUGGAGAAGUACCACGCUGUGUGCCGACGAAGCUCUUUCUUCUGGGAUGAAUGCUGCUGCUGCCGCUGCUGCCGCUGCCACUGCCGCCGAUUCAGGAGCUCUACUGACCACUGACAAUACAACACACCUCACCGAUAUUCACCCUUCUAAUGAUGACACCCCCAUCGCCACUACAAGUAUACCCGCCACUACAAACUCCAAUUUAAGAUUUUCUAUCGUCAUGGGUCAUGUAUAA